AAAAGAAAAAAAAAAAAAAAAAAAAAAAAAAAUUCGAGAUCUCAAGGAUGAUCGAAACGGUAUUGACGAGCAAAACUCUCAUCGGAUUCAUCUCCGAUACAAAAUCAUUCGAAUCAAUCACCGAAGACUAUUUCCGGAUUCUAGAUCUAGACAAAAGCGGAACAUUGUCUCCAUCGGAGCUCCGGCAAGGUCUGAAUCACGUGGUGGCUGUUGAAUCCGAAGUCGCGUCCGGGGAAGAGACGGACCACGUGUACAACGCGAUAUUCGAGAGGUUUGGUGAAGAUCUGGUUCCGGAGAAGUUUAGGGAUUUGGUUGCCGAGAUACUGACGGCGAUGGCGAGAGGAAUCGGAAACUCGCCGGUGAUUAUGGUUGUGCAUAACGAUGGGUUGAUUAUGAAAGCUGUUCAUCAUGAAUCUGAACAACAAGGCAAGUGAUGUUGAUGAUGAGGAUUUUAUUAGGGUCCUGAUUUGAUUUUUUAUAUUAAAUAUAAUUUGGUGGUUUUUGUAAUGUGUGUUUGAUUUUGAAUUAAUUCCAACUUUUAAACAAUUUGUUGAUUGUUUAAAGAUAACAUUGUAAUUUCUUCGGAAAAUCGUUUUGAAUUUCUGAGCUUUUUACAAAAAAAUUUGAUUAGCAUCUUUGUUGGUCUUGUUAUUGAAUCCAUCUCCAAAAUUAUUGGUUUUUUGUUUUCGUCACAGGUAACGAGUGGAAUGAAUCAAAAUAAUAGUGUUUCUAUGUGGCUAUUAAGUGUGUUAGAUUCAUUUUGGUUAAAACCACAUUUUUAAACCAAAACCACACUUGGAAACAAGACACUUGUCAAUGUCACCUUUCAUAGACGAAGUCUUAUUACAUUUGAGGACAGCUUUCCUUUGUCA